AUGGGACCACUUGGAAGUCGGAACGUGGAAACUAAUGUUAAAGUUGAAUGCUUUUAUCCACGAUUCCUGAUGUUGCUGUUAAAUGAUAAGAUGACUGAAGCCGACAAGAACUUCUACUUCAAUGCUGAGAGACUCAAUGUCAAACAGACCAGUCUCAAGUUGAUCAACAAGCUGGCUAAAGGAAGUAAGUACAACGCAGUACCACUCAUUGUUACUCCAUUUAUGUUGGAAAGGUUCAAUGCUCAAGUUGUUCCUUAUCAAGUUCAAGUGGCUCAACAACAACAACAACAACAGCAACAAGAUCAACAACCACCUCAACCUCAAGAUCCACAACAACAACAAUCACCAGAUCAAUCCCCUGACCAAUCACCAGUUCAAUCACCUAUCCCCCAACGACAGUUUCCAUCAUAUGAAGAUGAGCCUCUACCUUUUGACUUCUUCGAAGCUCAACCAUCUUCAUCUGCACCCACACAACCUACUGCUCAACCACAAUAA